AUGGGUUCAUACACAGUGGGCGAGGGCGAGGAGUGGCAGCGGCUGCGCAGCCUCCUGGGCCGGCACCUGCUGCGGCCCCGCGCGGCCCAGGCCUACGCGGGCGCCCUGGACGCYGUGGUGACCGACCUGCUGCGGCGCCUGCAGCGCCAGCGCGACCGCCACCCCCAGCACCUCGUCCCCGACGUGGCCACCGAGUUCUACAAGUUUGGUCUGGAAGGCAUCUCCUCGGUGCUCUUCGGCUCGCGCCUGGGCUGCCUGGAGCCGGAGGUGCCGCGGGACACGGAGACCUUCAUCCGCUCCAUCAACACCAUGUUCGUGAUGACGCUGCUCACCAUGGCCAUGCCCCGCGCGCUGCACCGCCUCUUCCCCAAGCCCUGGAGGACCUUCUGCGAGGCCUGGGACUACAUGUUCGCCUUCGCCAAGGGCCACGUGGACCGGCGCGUGGCCGAGGCGGCCGAGCGGCUCUCGCGGGGCGACGCGGCCCCGGCUCCCUUCCUCACGGACCAGCUGGCGCGGGAGAAGGUGCCCAUGAAGGUCAUCUACGGCAACGUCACCGAGCUGCUGCUGGCCGGCGUGGACACGAUCUCCAGCACCCUGUCCUGGAGCCUGUACGAGCUGGCGCGGCACCCCGGGGUGCAGGCCGCGCUGCACCGUGAGAUCGCGGCGGCGGCGGGCGACGGCGCCGCGGCCCCCUCGCCCGCCCAGCUCGCCCGCAUGCCCCUGCUCAAGGCCGUGGUGAAGGAGACGCUCAGGCUGUACCCCGUCAUCCCUGGCAACGGCCGCGUCAUCGCGGACCGCGACAUCCGCGUGGGAGACUACGUGAUCCCCCGCAAGACCCUCAUCACGCUGUGUCACUACGCGACGUCCCGCGACGGGCGCCUCUUCCCGGCGCCGGAGGCGUUCCGGCCGGAGCGCUGGCUGCGCCGUGCGCCCGCCCGCCACCCCUUCGCCUCGCUGCCCUUCGGCGUGGGCAAGCGCAGCUGCGUGGGCCGCCGCCUCGCCGAGCUCGAGAUCCACCUGGCGCUGGCGCAGAUCCUGCGGUGCUUCGAGGUGCAGCCCGAGCCCGGCGGGCGCCCGGUGCAGCCCAUGACGCGGACGCUGCUGGUGCCGGCGGCCGACAUCAACCUGCGCUUCCUGAGCCGCUGAGCGGCCCCCCCGACCCUGCGCUCCCCCCAGACCCUAUUUAUUGCUUGCAUGGGGACACCC